AUGCACAGGAGGCAGAAACCCAGUGCUCCAGAACACAAGAGGGAUCUUGCAGCUCAUGGAGGAGCUCUGUCCAUGUCCCACAAUGACACACGCUCUUUUUUCAACUUCUCUCAGCUUGUGCUCGCUGCUGGCCAUCUCAGAUCACCACCAGUGCUCAAACAUUCAAAAAUCACUUACUUUGAAGUGGAAAUUCUUGAUGUGCAAAGCAAGAAGCAGAUCUGCAUUGUGGACAAGGUACCUCCAUCAUCUACCCUUCUUGAAGUGAAACACAAAUUUCACAAAGCAUGUCCCCAGUGGUACCCUUCCCGUGUUGGCCUGCAACUAGAACGCAAUGGGCCCUAUUUGAAGGAUUCCAUUAACAUUCAAAGCCUUGCCGUUUCCUCCAUCAUUACACUGUAUUUUACAGACCUGGGUCAGCAGGUCGGUUGGACCACAUUUUUUCUAACAGAAUACACGGGGCCUCUUCUAAUAUAUCUGCUCUUUUACAUUCGCCUCUCAACUAUUUAUGAUCAAGUGGAAAGUACGAAGAACUUCCGCCACCCAGUGGUUCACUUGGCCUGCUUCUGCCAUUGUUUACAUUACAUCAGACAUCUUCUGGAGACAUUAUUUGUUCACAAGUUUUCUGGAGGGCACACUCCUCUGAAGAAUAUGAUAAAGGGCUGUGCCUUUUACUGGGGAUUCACUUCUUGGAUUGCAUACUACAUCAACCAUCCACGAUAUACGCCACCAUCAUUUGGCCACAGACAAGUUUCUUUUGCUGCCCUUGCUUUUCUGAUGUGUGAAGCUGGAAAUCACUUUAUCAACGUAGCUUUAGCUCACCAAAAUCAUUCAGGAAGUAAAGCCUGUUUUCCAAGUCCAACCUACAACCCCUUCACGUGGCUUUUCUUGCUGGUAUCCUGUCCCAACUAUACAUAUGAGGUUGGGUCUUGGAUUAGUUUCACAGUGAUGACACAAACCUUGCCAGUUGGCAUUUUUGCUUUCCUGAUGGUCAUCCAGAUGUCUCUCUGGGCCCAAAAGAAACACAAGCUGUACCUGAAGAGAUUUUAUCCAGAGGUGCGGAGAAAAGCAGCUAUGAUUCCUAUCAUCUUCUAAGCUCUUCACAAGAGUUGGAGCCUAAGUGUACAGUUCAAGAGCUAACUCAGAGUAAAUGAGCCAUUUCAUUCGGUCACCAAAGUGGAUCAGAAGCUGAACUACUGGAUAUCUUUUUCAGAAAAUUAACAGUUCAAGACGAAGAGCUUUUAAUUAAGUAAAAAAAUAUAGCUCUUGAAUUCUUGGUUCCUGCUAAAAGAUAUGACUUAAUUAGAUUUUCUGUAAUGGAGCUAAUUGGAAAGGGACAAGAAAAUUGCUUAUAUUGAAUGUUAGGCUAGAUAUUUAGCUGGUGUAAAUGGGCACAGAUGCUGUUAAAAUUAACGAAUACAGCCCAUCUGCAUGCAUUCAGGUCUGGUGAUUUUAAGGUUCAGUGUUAGAUGUUGAUGAGAGCCUUGGAUUUUUGCAUCAGAAGAUGUUUCACAGCCUUAUUUUUAUUAAACUGCGCAGAAACAGCACGUUCUGCCUCAGCUCCUCUAAAGCAUCACAUCAAAGAAUGACCGCUAUGCUGUUGACACAGUUUAGUCCACCUUUACAAGGUUUUUCUUUCUUUCUUUUUUUUUUUUUAAUUGAAUCUCAUAGCAAAUUGUUCAAUACAAAUUGGCUUAAAUUGAUCACUGCA